CCCACAUCUCCAUCUGGAUACAACUUGGGUUUGGACUUGAGUUUAUUCCUCUCUGAUUUCUUCACUUGGUCGGGUUUCUGGUGUCUUACCUGGCACUUAACCUUAACAAUUGGCGACUCUGUGUUCAAAAUGUAUCUAGCCUGCCAAAGCAUGCGCUCAACAGUGUGAUUCUCAUGAGGCUAUAACAAGCUUGAGUGCCACCCAAACGGAUUUGAAAAGGUGGCAGGAUGAAAUAUGCAUCAUCCAGCUGAUGUUGUUCGGUAACGUAGGAAACUAUAGACGGGGGUUGAUGCGCACCUUUUGGAGCUACUCACAUCUCCGACAGGUGUGCGGCUGUGCGCAAAGCGGAUCUGACUGCGGUGCAAAGUGCUAAUAUUCUCCGGGCAGACAGUCGUCCUGGGUGCGUGUCCAACUGUUUGGACUAAACGCCGAGUGUAUCUAACAUGUGGACCUGGGACGCAUGCAACAGAGAGCCCUAACCAUGAGGAGGAGCCGACACCGCGCAAAUAUGGGACUUCUCUUGCUAUUCAGAUGGCUUGUAUUCACAGUGGUGGUGCCCGCCUGGCUGCUUGCUGCUCCAAGUGGCAUCCGUGAGCGUCCCUGCCCCCAGAGCUGUAGAUGUGAUGGGAAAAUAAUAUACUGUGAAUCCAAUGCCUUCCGUGACGUGCCAAACAAUGUGUCUGUGAGCACCCAGGGCCUCUCCCUGCGUUACAACAGCCUGGUGAACCUCCGAACACACCAGUUUGCAGGCCUGAGUCAACUAGUGUGGCUCUACCUCGACCACAAUUACAUCAAUGAUGUGGACGGCCAGGCUUUCCAUGGGAUACGGAGGCUGAAAGAACUGAUUCUCAGCUCAAAUAAGAUCACACUGCUCAAAAACAACACUUUUCAUGAUGUUCCGAAUUUACGCAAUCUAGACCUUUCCUAUAAUAAACUGCAGGUUCUCCAGCCUAAUCAGUUUGUGGGUCUGCGAAAACUGCUCAGUUUACACUUAAGAUCAAACUCCUUGAAAACUGUCCCCAUGCGAGUUUUCCUUGACUGUCGCAACCUGGAGUUUCUUGAUAUUGGCUACAACAGGCUACGGAGCCUCACACGUAACGCCUUUGCAGGACUCCUUAAACUCAUCGAGCUUCAUCUGGAGCACAACCAGUUCUCAAAGAUAAACUUUGCUCAUUUCCCCCGCCUGACUAACCUGCGGGCGCUGUAUUUGCAGUGGAACCGUAUCAAAGUGCUGACCCAGGGCCUGCCGUGGAUGUGGACCUCCUUGCAAAAGUUGGACGUCUCUGGGAAUGAGCUCCAAGUGUUGGACCCAAGUACGUUUCAAUGCCUUCCUAAUCUGCAGACUCUUAACCUGGACUCCAACAAGCUGAGCAAUGUGUCUCAGCAGGCAGUGGAGGCUUGGAUCUCCCUCACCACGAUCAGUCUGGCUGGUAAUUUGUGGUACUGUAACCCAAAUAUAUGUCCCCUAGCGGCCUGGCUCAAGGCCUUUAAGGGUAACAAGGAGACCACUAUGAUUUGUGCCGGCCCAAAGGAGGCCCAAGGAGAGAAAGUGACCGAUGUGGUGGACACUUAUAACAUUUGCACAGCAACACCGGCCCCCGUCCCAUUAACAACAUCUCCCCUCACCUCUGCAUUUCAACCUGAGCUGCUGCCUCUUCCCACAGAGUCUGUGGAGGAUAAGACGCAGAUCUGGAACAGGACAGCCUCCCCUACUCCCUCCGAGGCCUACCCCACCUUCUCUUUGCCAGACACUGAGUAUGUUUCCUUCCACAAGAUCAUAGCUGGUAGUGUGGCACUCCUCUUAUCCGUGGCUAUAAUUCUGCUGGUAAUCUAUGUCUCGUGGAGGCGCUAUCCCAGCAGCUUAAAACAACUUCAGCAGCGCUCGGGAGUCAAAAAGCGCCAGAAAAAUGCACGGGAGACCGAGCGAUCCCUUAAUUCACCACUGCAAGAGUACUAUGUGGACUACAAGCCUUCACACUCAGAGACUAUGGAUGUGCUGGUUAAUGGGACAGGACCUUACACAUACACCAUCUCAGGCUCCAGGGAAUGCGAGGUAUGACCGUUGCCCUCCAAAAAUCCAUUUCCACUGCGAGGCAUGA